UGGUAAAGUAACAUGGAGAAAACAGCAUAAACCAAUAUUUUCUAUCCUUGACCUUUUGAAAUUAACUUGAGAAAAUGGAUAAUCGCAGUGAUUCUGAGAUUGAUUGGGAGAAUGAAGCAGAAGAAGUCUGGGAGGAAGAUUUAGAGUUUACUUGUCUGUUUUGUAAAGAUGUAUUCACAUCUUUGGACAGCUUAUGGAGCCAUUGUAAACAAGUACAUGAUUUCGAUUUCAAAAGUGUAAAGAAGGAUCACCAUUUGGAGUUCUAUGACUGUAUAAAGCUUAUUAAUUACAUUCGAUCCCAAGUAUCAAAAGAACAACCAGUUGAUUACAAAAACUUAUCUACUGUACUUGCUUCCGAUGAAUACAUGAUUUCGGUUUUACCUGACGAUGCUGUUUUGUUUUCGUUGGGUGAGACCUUGGAGUCAGAUUCUGAAGAAGAUGUUCUCGAUGUUGCUGUCGAUAACAAAAAUAACAGUUCAAAAGAAGAAGAGUUGAAGUCGUUGAGACUGCAGGUGAAAUUGCUUAGUACUCAAAUGGAAGAAAUUAGAAAAGAAAAAUUGGAUGACCUUACUUCUCAAACGGCAAAUUCAUCAUUACAGGAACCUGGAAAGGUGUUAGAUAAUGACUCUUAUUAUUUUGAGUCAUAUGCUGGAAACGAUAUCCAUUUUGUCAUGUUGAGUGACGCUGUAAGAACGGAGGGUUACAGAGAUUUUAUCUACGAAAACAAGAAUUUGUUUAAGGGAAAAACUGUUUUGGACGUCGGAUGCGGAACAGGUAUUUUGUCUAUGUUUUGUGCUAAAGCGGGAGCUGCCCAGGUUUAUGCAGUUGACAAUUCUGAUAUCAUUCAAAUGGCAAGGACAAAUGCCUACGAGAAUAAUUUGGCAGACAAAAUAACUUUUAUCCGAGGAAAGAUUGAGGAAAUUCAGAUACCUGUUCCCAAGGUCGACAUUAUUGUGUCUGAAUGGAUGGGCUAUGCCUUAACAUUUGAGAGUAUGAUUGAUUCAGUUCUAAUUGCCCGGGACCGAUUUUUGGCUGAAGAUGGUCUCAUGGCUCCUUCUGAAACUCGAUUGGUUUUGAGUGCAACUACCAACAGUGAGAUUUUAGAAGAACCCCUUGAUUUCUGGAGCGAUGUCUAUGGAUUUAAAAUGAAUUGCAUGAAAGAUGCUUCUUUUAACCGGGUCAAUGUUGAUGUUAUUCCUGCUUCAUAUAUUAGUGCGGAACCCUUUGAAUUCGCUACCAUUAAUAUGCACACAUGUAAGGUUAAAGACGUUAGUUUCAAAAAUCCUUUCUCAAUUAAGAUGACAUCCUCUGGUCCUUUUUGUAGUUUUUUGAUUUGGUUCGACACCUACUUUACCGCUACAAAGGAUGAACCUGUCCCAUCAUCCGUGGAUAAAUCAUUUGGCUUUUCGACAGGUCCUCACUGUACACCUACUCAUUGGAAACAAUGCACUCUAAUACUACGCGAGCGUCCUUAUGUGGAAGCUGGGACUGUGAUUGAAGGAUCUAUCGCCUUUAUAAAAAAUUCUGCCAACAAUCGUGAUCUGGAUAUUGAAGUAUCUUACCUUGUUAAUGGAAGAGAGUACACACAGUCGUUUAUUUUGAAUUAAAAAGAUCCUAUUGGAUACAUUGUAUUAUUGACAGCCUGUAUACUUUUUCUUUUAAACAUCUACAUAUGUUUAGCUUGGUCAUUAUAGAAGGGCAAUUUUGGAAUGCGGCUAAUUGGUCUAUGGAUGGUUUUUAACAUAGAAAUAAUUUAUUUUCUUAUCUAGUUAAUUGAUGCUUGGGCUUUGUUUUAUUUUUAAUAAAACUUUUGAGUAGUAACUAGGAA